AUCUCGGCCAUCGGAGGGCGGGUUUGUAGCGUUGUGUGUCUGUGUGUGUGUGCGCAGCGUGCUGCUGCUGCUGCUGCUGCUGCUGAUGAAGAGAGGAGAGGAGCGCACAACGUACACAAGCCUUUCCUUUCCACGGACAUCCAGCGGCUCCAAAGCUGCUGUGCAAAGACCAAUAAACACCGAGCUCAGCUGUCAGUAAGUGAACGUGGUAGCAUUUGCCUCCUCAUUACCUUCGUGUUGCUCUCCUCCCUCUCUCUCUUAAUGAGAGCACACAACUGCCAAACAAAAGGAGUGAGGAGUGACUUGGAAAAAGUGCGCAGAGAAAAAAAACCGACAAGUCUAAAUAGAUUUUUUUUUUUUGCACAAGUGAAGAUGUCCAAAUGGCUCUCGUCGUCGCAAUGGGAUUUGAGUUGAAGAACCACUCAGAAGUCACCCUGACCUGAUUCAACCCGUUUGUUAAGGUAACUUGAUUUUUAUUGUGGGGAUGUUGUGAAGGACGCGUCGCCUGUUCUGGGACAGAAGGAAGGAAGGAAGGAAGGAAGGAAGAAAGAGAGGAAGAGGAAGGAACCAGGACGAGCACCGGAGAGGAGAGGAGGAGGAUUAUGGCUCUCGCAACGUUUUCUCUCAGCCUCAUCACGCUGGCGCUUACAAACUUGCACCUGUCGAGAGCCAGCGACCGGCAUGCGGUGUACUGGAACAGCUCCAACCUACAGCUACGGAGGGAGGGAUACACGGUGCAGGUCAGCGUCAACGACUACCUGGACAUCUACUGCCCGCACUACAACACCAGCCAGCGGGGGACGUUGGAGCGCACCGUGGCCGAGCAGUACAUCCUCUACAUGGUCAGCUACCACGGCUACCGCACCUGCGACCCCCAGCUGGGCUUCAAGCGCUGGGAGUGCAACCGGCCCCACGCGCCCCACGCUCCCAUCAAGUUCUCGGAGAAGUUCCAGCGCUACAGCGCCUUCUCGCUGGGCUACGAGUUCAACGUGGGCCAGGAGUACUACUAUAUCUCCACGCCCACCCACCACCACGGCCACAGCUGCCUGAGACUGAGGGUCUACGUCUGCUGCUCCACCGUUUCCCAGGCAGAUGACGACUCCAGUCAGACCUCUCCCGACUACACAGUCAGGCCAAACAUCAAAAUACACAACAUCGAUGAAUUUAACCCCGAAGUUCCCAAACUGGAGAAAAGCGUGAGCGGCAGCAGCCCAUCGCGCGACCGCCUUCUUCUCACCGUGGCCAUGCUGCUCGUGUCUACCGGGCUUUUGUCCUAGCGACUCGUCGCCCGCGAGCGACGCUCCGUGCUUAGCUGGGACCGCCUUCUCCAAAGGGCUUCGUAUGCACCGAGUUGUCGUCGUGAAAGUUGGCAGAAACACAGUCGAGGUGCAAUAGAACCACAAUCAAACGGUCACGGAAAGAAAAUCCUUGAACUUCACUUAACUUUUUCAAAAGGAGAGGCCUUUUUUGCUGUCAUAUUUACACACACUCCAUGUUGUUGUUGGACAUCAUUACAACAUUUCAUGCAGGUGUGUUUGCCACAACAUGGAGACCACAACCAUGAUUCAGAAUCUGUGCUGCUGUCAUGCCAACAAGUGGACUUGUAAUGAGUUGGAUGUAGACUACACACUCUUAUUGUAGCAUGGAUAUAAAAAUCACCUGAGGAUUUCAAGCUGCACUGUCUGUUGGAUUUUUAGGCCUUGGAUCACGGACCAAGUAUGCCGAUGGAUCAAACUCAACUUAGAUGUAGUAAAGAGCGAGCUUGACUCUGGAACUGUACUGAUUUUACCUGGGCUAUACAGGAUAUUCAUAUAAUCGGUCAGUGAUGAGAACUGCUGCCGUUAUCCCGGACACUGAAGAAUGUUUUCACACCGGUGUGAGGGGAGCUGCUGGUUGAUAAGAGGCCAAGGUGUUUCUUAAGAAAAGGGAAAGACUUUGUGAGGAUAUAUCCACGGGCCUUUCAAGAAUCCAUUUUCACCAGACAUCAAAAAAUACCCCUGGCUUUGUGAUAUACAGACGCAAAGCCCGCGUUUCUUAGAAGAUAGCGAGUGCCCUCUCAGAACUAGUCCUUUGUCUGCAUUUCCUGCCUUCACACUGUUAACAACCCGAGAAAAGUACAGACCCCGGACUAGUAAUUUGACGGCACUUUAGACGCGGGUAGACGUGUGUUUUGUUCCGACGCAUUUACCUUCAGCACUCGGCGUAGUAUUUUUCCGGAUGUCAGACCUUUCUCCUCGCAGCAAUCAGCAGAGUCAUUCAGAAUACCGCUAAUUUACAAUUCUUAAAAAAAAAAAAAACUCUCUGCGGCAAGUUUCCCUUUUAAUCCCAGACAACCCCAUCCAUUUCCCCUUUUUCCACUCCAGUGGUUCCCGGCCAAUCAGUGCCGACGGCCAUUACAGCAGUCACGGUCACCAUGGAAACGACCCCAUACAGUCGCCAGAGUGCGGCAGGUGCCUGAGGAGAAAUUGUGCUUUGAAUCUCAAAGUAACGCUGCCGCCAUUUUGUUAAAAAAAACAAAAAAACAACAAGUGUGAAUGUGCAAAUAAAGAUCACUUUUUUUAUAUUGUAAUACAGGACAACGUAGGCUGGCAUUAAUCAGAUUACAAUGUUGUGCUUUUAUAAUUUAUUUACUUUCCAAAUGUAUUUAUUUUAACAUUAAAGUAUAUUAUUUAUCUACCUAAUUUAUUAAUGUGCAUUUGUAGGCCUUUGCUCAAUAAGCUAUUGUGCCAUUUUUUUAUUAUUUUUCUUAAACAGUGGAAUUUUUACUGCAGCAUUUUUGCUUGUGUAGAUAAAUAGGCAGAUGUAAUUGAGCCUGACGAAAAGAGAGUGGGUUAUUGGUUCGGACUAGUCAGUGGGGAUGUACACUCAGUAAUCCUGCUCUCAUUAGUAACAGAUACCGAUAACCAGGUUAUGUUGCUGAAGAAGCGCAUGUCAUAAAACCAAGAGUUGAUGGACGGGCGGCAUUCCUCCAGCGCUGCAAAAACAAAGGAGUCUGCAUUGUAAUGUAUAUUUAUAAUACAUGCCGGUUAUGGAAUGUGUGUGCACAAGCGUGUAUGAGCGUGUGUGGCUUUAUCUGCCUUGCUUUCCUGUGUGUGUGUGUGUGGGAGUGUGCAAGAGAAAAAAACAUAUGUGUGCACAUAUGUGUGCCGAAUGUGUUCGUCCGCGCUUCUCCAGUAUGUUGCAUUUAGAAAUUCCGUACCCGUCAAGGAGUCGUCUGUAGGAAUCUGAAUAUGCAAGUGUGUGUGAGAGAACGUGCUCUUCUGUAAUGUUAGUUUACGUUACGGGGUUUUUGGGAAAAGCAUUUAAAAGCGGUGUUGAAGACAACCACGAGAAAUGUGUUUACCUUUGACAAGAAUGAAUAAAAAAAAACAAGCUGUAAAUUGAUCCAAGAAUGAUUAAAACAAUGCCUAUUAAAAUCUUUUUGCAAAUUUA